AUCUUGCCUCCUUUGUCAAACAAACAUGGCGGCGCCCUAUUGAUGGGGUUGGUGUCACAGGCUAACGUCCGCGCAGAUUUUAAUGAUACAUUUAAUCAUAUCUCUUUAAGUAGAACAGUUCUUCGACAUAACCUUGUAAUGGCUCUCAGAGUGUGCAGGCGUUUUUUGAGGGUCUCGGCUGUCAUCUCCAGACGACUCUUCGUGUCUGCUCGACAGGAAUCUGCGCAGUGGCUUCCUUCCACAGGAAAGGCUGCAUGUAGCUGUGGAAGGAGCAACAUGUUUCUCUUCAAUCCGGCCUGUUCUAUUACAUCAGAUGCAUUUGUGAGCAGACUGCUGAAAGGCAGUGUUGCGGAGGCAGACAACAGCCAUUAUCGCCUUCCUGCCUCUGUUCCUCCAGACAGAGGUGAACACAUGUCGUUAUUACUGAAACAUCCUGAUCAGCCUGAACACGCCAAGGUGUUGAAAGUGGCGAUAAUUGGUGCUCCGAAUGCCGGGAAGUCUACUUUGUCCAACCAGCUUCUAGGCAGAAAGGUGUUCGCUGUCUCCAAGAAAGUACAUACUACACGGAAACGAGCCCUGGGAGUCCUAACAGAGGAUGAUACACAGAUUAUUUUACUGGACACACCAGGCCUCACCACACCGUCCAAAGUCAAAAGACACCAGCUUGAGAAGUCUUUGCUUUUGGAUCCUUGGAACACGGUGACAGAGGCCGACCUAAUGGUGGUCAUAGUUGAUGUGUCAGACAGAUGGAUGUGCAGAAGGCUGGACUUUGAAGUGCUCAAAUGCCUAGCACGCCACCCGAACAUCCCGGCGAUACUUGUCCUCAAUAAGGUGGACCAGGUGAAGGUGAAGGACAAGUUACUGGACGUCACAGCGGAGCUGACAUGCGGGGUUGUAAAUGGCCGCAAAUUACGCAUCCGACCCGUGAUCAAGCCCCCGUGGGCGGAAAAGAGGCCAGAGAGGGAUUUGGAAGAGUCGCAGGACCAGGGGACCACCGGGGACAGUGCUGAUGGGGACGAGGCUGUCCUGACCAAAGAGCAACUGAAGGCGCUGAUGAGCCAGAAGGGAUGGCCUCACUUCAAGGAUGUCUUCAUGCUCUCAUCUCUGGACAGAGAGGAUGUGGAGACACUUAAGAGCUACCUAAUAAUCACUGCCAAGUCUGGAGCAUGGCAGUACCACAGCGAGGUGCUGACAGACCAGAGACCAGAAGAAAUAUGCACCAACAUGAUCCGAGAGAAGCUUCUGGAGCACCUGCCACAGGAGGUGCCUUAUUCAAUGACACAGUCUGUUGAGCUUUGGGAUGAGGAUGAAACUGGACAGCUCACCAUCUUGGUGAAAAUUCACACCAAGAAAGAAAGUCAUAUGAGGAUGGUGAUCGGCACGGCAGGCCAGAUGAUAGCACGUAUCGCCCAAGAGACGAGCGAGCACCUCACGCACAUCUUCCUGAGACAGGUCAAGCUGAGGCUCUCAGUCAAGAUAAAGAAGUGAUGAUGAUGAUGAUGAUGAUGAUGCCGGACUGAAUGCUUUUUUUCCACAGUGACACAAACAGAGGUGCCAUAUCUGAACUUUUGUUUGAAUCUUCAUGAAUCUGCUUCUGAUUGUGUCAGGGAGUAACCAAUCAUGUUACUUGGACUGACGCAGUACCUGCACAGCCCAUCCAUCCGUCCGUUAGUUCAUAUCUUUUGUUCUCAUGAGGGUCACUGGUGAGCUGGAGCUUAUCCCAGCUGACUUAGGGCGAGAGGCAGGUUACACCUCGACUAGUAUCGUCUUACACUUCUUAACUCAUUCAUUGUGAUUCAUUUUCUGAGCAGCCAACUGCAUAUUGCCAGCUAUUGUAGAACAUUUUGUCAGAUUUUUCAAGAUCCACAGAAUACUGUGUUCUAUGAUUGGGUAAACACUGAAACUACCAAAAUACAAAAUAAGCUCCCUUCUUUGACCAGGGGAAAAAAAAAACAAAGUUUGAUUCUUCCUUUUUCUGUUCUUUAGUGAUGCCUAGUAGAACAUAGGUUGGUUUCACCAAUAAGCGGAGAAAACUAGUUCUUUGUGAAAACAAACAUAUCAGGCAGAACAGUGACCUUGACGCUAUUGAUUUUUGCUUUAGUGACACCGCUAAUGUCCAAACCGUGGUUUCCUUCUAUGAAACAGCAAAAACAUAUUAGGAAUGGCUUUUGUUUUCCAAAUAAUUUAUUUACUGAUAUACACACGUGUGGGCGACGCUGGGUCAGCGGAUACCCGGGUUGAAAAUCAGUGGCUUUUUUUUUUUUUUACAUGGCGUUUGUCAUCCUUGUCAUUCAUUUUAAGAUCUCUGUCAUAGUUUGUCAAAUUCACCAAACACACACUCCUGCUAAUGACUGCAACACAACCUGUUAUUACUACAGUAUAAAUAUACAUACUCUUUUCAACUGUAAGAUGGCUAUAAAGUUGUCCAACUUCCAACGUUUGACCUUUUGGUUUUGUCCCUCAUAAUUUUCUUGUACUCAAACUCUGGGCUCAUCUAAAAUCUAAAGUGCUGCACCACUGCUCUCUACUGGGGUCUGUUUGUCAGCACAGUUGUUUACAAGCUCAUAAUUCAAUGUUGGGCAGCAUCCGAGCCACUCGCCGUCCCGUUGAAAAACAAUUGCAGUCUGUAGACUGCAAUGGCAGUGAAUGAGUUCAAGUAUUCUUAGCGACCUGUGACUGAAUACUGUAUCUUCUCAAGAGACAAAACCAUAGAAAUAAAACUGGGAUGGCAUCAUGGUGAAAUCUCGGUUUUGGGUUGGAAUCUCGGUUCCACCCUUCCUGCGUGGAGUUUGCAUGCUGGUGUGGGUUUUCUCCGGGUACUCCGACUUCCUCCCACCUUUCCAGAAACUUGCAUGUUAGGUCCAUUGAAGACUCCAAAUUGUCCAUAGUUGUGAAUGGUUGUUUGUCUCUACGUGCCCUGCAAUUGACUGCCGACCAGUCUGGGGUCUACCCCGCCCCUUGCCGAAGUAGGCUGGAAGAGGCUCCAGCACAAUCAGAGACCCUAAUGAGGACAAUCGCUACAGAAAAUCAAUGGAUGGAUUGUAGGAUGAUAUUAUGACUGGUUAAUAUUAUGACUGGUUAAUGUAUGUAUUUUCAAAUGAUCUUAAACAACAAAUAUUAAAAUGGCCUCAAAAUGAAA